AUGUCCAGCGAGAUACAACCACAUUCCUAUUACGAUGUCCUUCGACUGUCCCGCCAUGACCUCGGAGGCCUGUCGAAAGACGACAUUAGAGCCGCAUAUCGGCAGGCUCUCCUCACUCACCACCCAGACAAAGUUCCUGGCGCCAACAGAAAAGGCGUCUUGAAAGCCCACCCAGAUGAAGCGCCGAAUACUCGGUAUACUAUUGAUGAGAUUGUGCUCGCAUUCGAGACUCUUUCCGAUCCAAUCAAACGUGUUGAAUAUGAUCGGUCGCUCCAGGAUGUUGGUGAACUCGGCUGGAAACAGGUGAACGGCCAGAAAGGAACGCAUACCGGCGUAGAAGUCUACGAUCUCGAAGAUCUAGUGUACGCCGAAGUUUCGAACACCUGGUUCAAGGGUUGUCGCUGCGGCGACGAACAAGGAUACAUCUUGACGGAGCCCGACCUGGAGAGAGAGAAGCAGCAUGGAGAGCUUUACGUCGGUUGUCGAGGAUGCAGUUUGUUCAUCAAGGUCCAGUUCGCAGUCGACGAGACGUGA